CCUCCCCGCGCGGUGCGAUCCCGGCCCGCAGCCCCCCCCCCGCUCCUGUUCACUGAAGGCCCAGAGGGGCCGGGGCCAGGGCCAGGAUCGGGCCCCGGACACAGCAGGAGCCACCCAAGCCCGCCCGGGCCCGGGCCCCGCUGCUGGGCCCCCUGCGGCCGAGCCCGGCUCACCCCGUGCCCGGGGCAGCUCCCGGGAGCCCUGGCCGGGCAGCUGAGGGCUUAGCGCCGCCAGGCUGCAGGGGGCUUAUGCUGAUCAGCCUGGCAAAGGCAGGAGCAGGAUUAGAGCCGGGCAGGGACCCAGCCGCAGCCUCUCCGGGUCGCUGCGAGCUGGGCUGUGAGUCUGCGGGGGGCGCCCGCGGGAAUGAUCGGCCCGCAGCCAGACGACCCCUCUCCCAGGGCCGAAGCCCAGGAGCCUCCGGAGAUGUCGCAGGUGGGGAAGGAGGCGGCGGAGAGCCAGCGUGCCGACCCGCCGGCCUCCGCUGAACCCGCAGCGAGCCAAGCCGCCCCGGGGCUGGAGCGGAGCCCUUGUCUGGGGAGGGGGGUCACGUUCCUCCUGCCCCACACUACAGUGGAGGCCCCCCUGCCCCAGGAGGAGGAGCAGCAAUUCUACCAGGCGCUGGAGCGUGUGCUGGGGCCAAAGCAAGGCCGCUUCGGGAAGCUGUUCGCUGCCGCUGGCUGGGCAGAUAUCACGGAGGACAGAUUCCUGAGGAAGUUGCUGGUGAGAGAAGGCCAAGGAGAGGCCAGCAGACCCCAGCCGGGCCAGGAGGUGACUGUGAAGCUGCUGGGAGUCCUGGAGGAUGGCAGCCUGGUGGAGAAGGACCCGAAGCUGACUUUCAUUCUGGAGCAGGGGGACGUCAUACAGGCUCUGGAGCUCGGUGUCCAGUCCAUGCAGCUAGGAGAGGUGUCCUUCCUGCUCACCAGCUUCCUGUAUGCUUACGGUCACCUAGGCAGGGACCCUGAUAUCCCGUCAGAUGCCUCAUUACUGUAUGAGGUGACCCUGCUGCAGAUCCGGGAGAGCCCUGAUCUGCGGCUCCUGCCACCCUCUGCGCGAAUCAGCCUCAGCAAGCAGAAGAGGGAGCGAGGGAACUUCCACUUUGAACGGGAGGAGUACCAGCGGGCCAUGCGAUCCUACCAGCUGGCCCUGGGCAUCCUGGACUCACCUGGUGCAGUCCCUCCAGGCCCCGAGGAGGAAGAGGAGCUGCAAGAGCAUCGAGUGAAAUGUCUUAAUAACUGUGCGGCUGCCCAGCUGAAGCUGCAGCUGUUUGAGGAGGUGCUGGCAUCAUGCAAUGCAGUGCUGCACAUCGACCCCGACAACGUGAAGGCCCUCUACAGGAAAGGCAAGCUGCUGUCAGAACAAGGUGAGGACCAGGCAGCCAUGCAUAUCCUAAAGAGAGCCCUCCAGCUAGAGCCCACCACAAAGGCAAUUCACGCUGAGCUCUCAAAGCUAGCGAAGCGUCAGAAAGGGCCGCCGGAACGCCCUGCCCCCACAGGUGUGGACGACCUGGUGCAGCCAGCAGCAUGCCAGAGUGCAUGGAUGGACCCCAAUGGCCCACAGCCGUUUAAGGACACUAGCUGAGUUGCCUCCUGUCUUUUCCAGAUCACCCCCUGGAAGCUGCUUUUUGGUGCUGUGGCCGUGGCUCUGGGCAGCACGGUGACCUCCAUCUUCCUGACAACACGGAGCUGAGACUAGCCAAGGACACGAGGGAUGCAGGGGGGUUACAGCCCCUCCCACAGCAAAGGGGGGACCAGGUGCGAGUCCUGGGUUGUCCAGCACAGGACACAGGCCACGUUCCCAGUGAAGCCAGGAUCACCAGCUGACAGGACUUUAGCAGUGACCUGUGUGUUUUUGUAAAUAAACGUGGCUGUUGUUUAGCCAG